AUGGACACCAUGUCCUCCAAUAUUAAAGAGUCUGCUCCUCCAGAGGCUCCCUCUGUACCUGAUCUCGAAAGGUCCCAGCCGGUGCAAAAGGCAGCACCACCUCCUCCACCAGAUGGCGGAUCAACAGCCUGGCUCCAGGUUGCAGGAGCCUACUUUCUCUUCUUCAACUCCUGGGGCGUGAUCAAUACAUUCGGUGUCUACCAGACCUACUACGAAAACACUCUCCUCCCGGAUUACUCCGCGUCAUCCAUCUCCUGGAUUGGCACAAUUCAAGGUUUCCUUCUUUUCCUAGCUGGCAUCGUUGCCGGGCCCAUUUUUGACAAAGGUCAUCUGAAAGCCCUCAUAGCCGUGGGCUCCUUCCUCGUUGUUUUUGGCCUAAUGAUGACCUCCCUCUCAACCAAAUACUACCAAGUCUUCCUCGCGCACGGCAUUACUGUCGGAAUUGGCUGCGCAUUCCUCUUCCUCCCCAGCGUCGCCAUUGUCGCCACAUACUUUACCUCAAAGCGCGCCCUAGCCACCGGAAUUACUGCGUCUGGUGGAAGCAUCGGCGCAGUGAUCUACCCCAUCAUCUUCCACAGACUCCUCCCACGGGUCGGAUUCGGCUGGACAACACGCAUAAUCGCCUUUAUAGCCCUCGCAUGCCUCCUUCUCUCACUGGCCAUGAUGAAAAUGCGCCUCCCUCCACCAAAGACCAUCCGCUCCCUCCUCGACCUCUCCGCAUUCAAAGAAAUACCAUUUAUCCUUUUCAGCCUCGCCCUCUUCUUUGCAUUUAUCGGCCUCUACUUCCCCUUCUUCUACCUUCCAACCUACCUCACCACAGCCCUGAACUCCGAUCCAAACAUCGCAUUCUACAGCAUCGCAAUCAUAAACGCCGGCUCCAUUUUCGGCCGCAUCGCCCCGGGCCUCCUCGCCGAUCAACUCGGCUCACUCAACACAAUCGUUCCCAUGGCCUUCUCAACAUCGAUCCUCGCCUUCGCCUGGAUCGGUAUCCGCAAUGUCGCGGGGACGCUCGUUUUCAGCGUGCUGUACGGGUUCUUCUCCGGUGCGAUCGUGUCCCUCCCGACUACGAUCCUCGCGUCGUUGACAAGCGACAUGUCCGUGUUGGGGACGAGGAUGGGAAUGAGCUUUUCGUUUGCGGGGCUGGGGCUGCUCAUUGGGAAUCCGAUUGCCGGGGCGUUGUUGGAUCUGGAUAAAGGGGUUUUCUGGAAGGGCCAGGUCUUUGCGGCGGUUAUGGUUGUUGUUGGGGCAGUGCUGUUUUUGGUUUUGAGGGGGGUUGUUGGACUGAAAUUUAAGAAGGGGUGGAAGAUUUAG